AGAGAGAGAGGGGUCGAAGGGGUGCAGCAGUAUGUAUGCACGACGGCCGCUUCCAGCCAGCCGGGUACUCGGUGCUGCCACUCCUCCCACUAUCGGUUUCAGCGCAUGACUCUUAUCGCUGCACGCUGCAACGCUACCGACAAGAGGUUCAGUCUUCUCUCUGCACUCAUAUUCACCUGUCCUGCCACUUGGACUUCUGGCACCGCGUGACUGCUAUGGGACUUAAAGGAUCUCGAUCGAUUCUUGUUUCUUUCAAUCUAGAUCGACUUUCCAUCGUGUGAUUUAGAUUUAAGUUGGCAAUUUAAUUACAUAAAAAGGCAUUUUAACUUGGUCACGUGAUAUCAGCAGUUUUCUGUCGUCAGUCACUUCAGUCAAACAUGGCACUUGACAAGACGGAGUACUCGAUGAGUGCUGCCGAAAAAAUGUCGAACGGUGCCGUCGGCCGUAACAAGAACGGCGUCCGCGUUGACCGCUCGGACGGCCACGUCCACCAGAAUGGCUCGGCCAAAAAAGAAAAGCGGCGUCCGUUCAUCGAGUCGUUUGAGAAUAUUCCGCUCCUGACAGCAGCGACGACCUUCAUUGGGUUUCAUCUCAUCCUGCUCAUGGGAUACGUCACCAGCAUCAUUUUCACGCCAAAGGUGGCUAGGGAGAAAAAUAGACAGGGUUAUGUACCCCUAUAUGACAGGUUUGAGAGCUUCUACUCUCGAUAUGUGUACCGUCGGUUGCGUGAUUGCUGGAACAUACCCAUUUGCGGUUGUCCUGGGUCAGAGGUGACUAUAAAGGACAGGGUGACUCACGACUGCGGUUGGACUUUUGAAUAUACUGGCACUCAGUCAACAGCAUUGAACCUUGGCUCGUACAAUUACCUCGGAUUUGCUCAAGCUGAAGGCUCUUGCUCUGAAGAUUCUGCGGUCAAAAUCAAAGAACUUGGCUGUGCAACUGCUAGCCCUCGCAUAGAAUUUGGAACCCAGAAAAUCCAUCAGGAACUGGAAGCUCUGACCGCAGAGUUUGUCGGAAUGGAGGACGCAAUCACCUUCGGAAUGGGAUUCGCCACAAACGCCCUCAACCUGCCCAGCAUUGUGAGCAAAGGGUGCCUGGUGGUGAGUGACGAGAAGAACCACGCCUCGCUCAUUCUUGGUCUCCGGCUAUCAGGAGCCAACGUCGAGGUUUUCAAACACAACAAUAUGGAGUCUCUGCGUCAAGUGCUGCACAAUGCCGUGAUUAAAGGUCAGCCCCGCAGUCACCGCCCCUGGAAGAAAAUCCUGAUCGUGGUGGAAGGAGUGUACAGUAUGGAGGGUUCGAUUGUGAGGCUGCCCGAGAUCCUGGAGUUAAAGAGAAAGUACAAGGCGUAUCUUUACGUUGACGAGGCACACAGUAUUGGUGCCAUUGGGCGCAAUGGCAGGGGCGUCGUUGACUACUUUGGCGUCGACCCCAAGGAAGUGGAUAUCCUCAUGGGCACUUACACCAAGAGCUUUGGCUCUGCUGGUGGCUACAUAGCUGGCUCUAAGGCGUUCAUCGACCACAUGCGGGUGAACAGUCAUGGGAACUGCUACGCCACCUCGAUGUCGUCAUCCUGCGCCCAGCAAAUUAUUUCCUCCAUGAAAAUAAUCAUGGGCAAGGACGGCACCAAUGAAGGCAAAAAACGGAUUGACCAGCUGGCCCGAAACAGUCGCUACUUCCGCAGGAGGCUCAACCAGAUGGGCAUCAUCACGAUUGGCAAUAAUGAUUCGCCCGUGGUUCCUAUGAUGGUGUACAUGCAUUCCAAGAUUGCCUCCGUCGUUCGACGAUUGAAAACCAAUAACAUUGCCGUGGUCGGCGUUGGCUUCCCCGCCACACCACUCAUGGAGGGCAGAAUCAGAUUCUGCCUCUCAGCCGCCCACACCAAGGAGCAACUUGACAAUGCUCUGGUGCACGUGGAGGAGGCGGCCGACUUUCUGGGCUUGAGGUACUCAAGAAAGCGCCGCAGCAAGGAGCCGGUGCAUUACAGUGAUUCUGAAAGUGAAAUGGAGUAACCUUUGUGCAAUCUAGAUUGCUGACAUUUUUAAUGUUGUAAAGUGCCGUUAAUUAUAUUGCGCGUGUCGCCUAAACACAAACAACUGAGGAGGGGAAAUUGUCAGGGCCAAGUCAGAGAAUCCACGCAGAUUUUAAGUUAUUUAACUACUAUCCGCAUUUUAAAAUAGUACAAGCUAUUUUGCAAAACUAAAAAUAAAUACAGUUAGCACACAGUAAAAACUCGUGUUUCCCUUCAAAUGGAACAACCUUCAAGCUCAAUAGUAAUUAAUAAUUUGAUUUGAGGGAAUAUCAAGGCCAUGGAUGAGACAUGCAAAGUGCCAGUGUUAAUAUUAUCUCUCUACCCCUCAAUUUUUCAGGAUAAACAUUAAAUUAAAGUUAAUACUUGCUGUUUAGUUUAAAUUUUGCGUUAGUCGUAAUGUGAAAAUAAAAAACCUUGAUUUUCGUAUCGCUUACUUGGAUGGCUCAACAGUUGGAGCUGAAAAAUGUCGAGAAAAAUAAAAAAUCUAAACCCUUUGA